GGCUGAGUCUCAAUACACCUGUGAAAAUUUCGUUAGGCUUUAGCGUUUAUACUGUAUCAGUACGUUUAAGAAUUUAACGAGGUUACUGCAUAAUUAUCCGGCAUACCACACCUGCAAUGUUCCUUUUUGCUGUGGCAUUUGGAAAUACCACCCUGUAUACUGCAUUUACCUGUAUACAAAACUGAUCAUGUGUUAUUCUGUGACGGUGUAACCGUAGCCAACCGCGCAGCUGAAGCUCCCAAUAAACUAAUACCAAGCUACAAACCCGGAAUAUGAAUUUGUUAUGAUCACGGAGUUAAAAACGAAAUGUUUACUUCGAAGUGGAAACAACUGCACUUGACGGACAAUAUUGCGAGCUGCAGCAAUUAUUCAGUUGCAACAGUUGCCUGAAAUUUGCAAAAAAAUGGCUCGUUUUGCGAUUACGAUUGGGAUCGUAUGUUUGCUUUUAGCCGGCCAUGCUUCGGCUGAUAUUCUGGGUACCAUUUCUGGCUGGCUCUUCGGCAGCGGCAACAAGUCCGCUCCUCCAACAACAACAACAACGACCGCGUCCAGUGGCGGUGAUGUGCAGCGUGUCACCGUAAAGGACGGUGAGUCGUACACCAUGCGAUGCAUUGACCCCAACGCCACGCCCGAACCCGAAACCCGUCGACGUCGAGCGGCAGAACGCGAAAUGGUCUACGGUAUCGUCCUGCAGGAAGCCAAGUACCAUGGCAGCGGCAGCGGUUCCUGCCGCGAAUCAUCCAUUGUAAAAAACCUGAAAACGAAAUACUGCAUUGAUGCCCGCCAACAAGUAUGCGAAGUGGACGCGCAUGAUCCCGUUGAGGAGUGCGGUAAUCGGCCGCUGACACUGGUCUUCACCUGCGGAAUGACGCCGAAAGUUAAAGGCAAACGUGGUAUGAUCGUCAACAACAUGCUGGAUGAUUAAUUUUGCCAGUGUUAGUUAACCUAAAUUUGGGCUACCUCAUUUUGUUAUUUUACCGCUGUAAGAAUCAGCGUUGAGUGGCUUAUACAUACGAGUACCAUGCUUCUGCAAUUAUUAACCGUCAUGCUAACCGUUUCUCAAAACUGGAUAGUCAUUAUUCACCUUUCGUAGUGGUUUAUAGUGAAAGCUGUCAUCAGUACGUAAGUUUGAAUUGUUUGUCGUAUUAAUUAUAUAUAAACUGAUCGUCUUUGUUG